AUGUCCAACACCCCUGCUGCAAUCUCCGCUUGGUACAGUCCACCUCCCCCUUCUUUAAAUCUAGUUGGAAUCGUCCACUUCCUGUUUGCCAGUCUGGCCUCCUACCUGGACAGAACAUCAGGAGGAGACACGGCCAUGAUGGUUUCUAAGACUUCACCUGAAGAACAGGAACUUCUCAAGAACACCCUGAAGGUAUCGGCCGACGAACAGGAGAACCUGAACACGCUCAUAGCGACUGACUUUAACAGCUCGCACAGUGUCUCCCCACCCAACGCCACCAGCCUGGACACGGGCUUCUACCUGGGCGUCUACGGAGGCUUGACCGUCGCCAUCAUCGUCUUCGGCUUCAUCAUGUUCGACUCCAUACUCAGGACGCCCGUACGCUUCUUUCACAUCAACCCCAUUGGACGUGUCUUAAACAGGUUUUCUGAGGACAUUGGGCAGCUGGAUGCAAACAUACCUUGGACGUUUGUGGACUUUAUUCAGGUGUUUCUCCAGAUCCUGGGCGUCAUCGCUGUCUCCGCGUCCGUCAUCCCCUGGAUCCUCCUCCCCGUCGUCCCCCUCUUCAUCCUCUUCCUGCGUCGCUACUUCCUCCAGACGUCCAGGGCCGUCAAACGGCUCAAGGCCACCACUCGGAGCCCCGUCUUCUCCCACCUGUCCUCAUCUCUCCAGGACCUGUGGACGAUCCGAGCGUUCGGAGCCGAGGAGAGGUUCCAGAAAACGUUUGACGCCCAUCAGGACCUGCACUCAGAGGCCUGGUUCCUGUUCCUCACGACCUCUGCUGUAGGACCCUGUGCUGUCCACCGGCACCAUGAGGAAGAACCUGGACCAGUUCAGUUCAGUUCAGAAGAGUUGUGGAGCGCGUUGCAGGAAGUUCAGCUGAAGUCUGUGGUGGAGGAGCUACCUGCUAAGUUAGAAACGGUCCUGGCAGAGUCCGGCUCCAACUUCAGCGUGGGACAGAGGCAGCUGGUGUGUCUGGCCAGAGCCAUCCUCAGGAAGAACCGCAUCCUCAUCAUCGACGAGGCCACAGCCAACGUGGACCCCAGGACAGAUGAACUGAUCCAGAAAACCAUACGAGACAAGUUCAGAGACUGCACCGUCCUCACCAUCGCUCAUCGCCUCAACACCAUCAUAGACAGCGACCGCAUCCUGGUCUUAGAUGCGGGGAAGAUCCACGCCUGAAGGAACGAACAACAAAUUGAACAACGAUCAGCCAGCUCCUCCUGCUUCAUUCUCCUCAGGAAGUUCAGU